AUGGACAAUCCCGUUCCACCAGACGUCGCCUAUACACUGUACAUUGUGAUUUCUGGCGCUAUCAUCAUUUGUGAUAUUCCAUUCAUACUUCUGAUAUUUAUUAAUAAGCAUUUACGACAUCAAAAAGAGUUGGUGAUUGUUGGUUUUAUGUGCGUAGCGGACACGGCUCACGCCGUCGCUUUUCUCAUUUCUGGCGCAGUUCGCUUGUGGAUUGCUUUGAGCAAUUUAGGAUCCCAAAAAAUCACAAAUCACGAUUGCCUCAAAUACGGGUUUUCGCUCAUUUUCUUGUACAGUUAUCAGCUAAUGGGUGCUGCCACACUGGUUGUCUCUUUUGAUAGAUUCAUUGCCGUUAUGUUUCCCGUUUAUUAUCGUGUCUUGACCUCAAGGUUUUCGUUUGGAAUCAUGGGAUGCCUUUUCUUCUAUGUAACAAUCACAUCACUCGUUUUUCUUUAUUUCAUUUACUCGAACGCUCCAUUGCCAAGCUCACCCAAUUGUUUCACUUCUGAAGCUUAUACUCCCGGGAUUUGGAAAUAUUUGCUCUAUUUUCGAAUGAACACAUUGAUUCUCAGCAGUUUAUUGUAUCUACCAAUAACAUUCAGAGUUUACAAGAUGUCAAAAGCAUUGAAACGUGAAACCACUGGUGGCCAUUAUGCAAAGAAAAUCAUUCGAACGACGAGGACAAUUGGUCUUACCGUGGCUGCUGAAUUCAUUUUUGUGGUCAUUCCAGAUAUUUUUCUUACUUUCAACCCUUUUGGCUUGGCGAGAUACCAAGUUUUGUGGUACAUUUGUGGAGUGAGCAAAGGUGCUGUGAACGUGCUACUUGUUACGCUGCGUCAUGACGAAAUUUUGAGGAUAUUACGUGAAAAAAUCCGUGGGAUUAAGAGAACUCAACCAUUGAGCACAGCGGUCACCUCAACAAACAUUCGUUCAUCAAAAACGCCUGGGUGCCGUCCCUAC